AUGGACGACAACAAAGACAACCGCGAUCCAGCUAGAACGACCGAGUUCACAACUCAGUCCACCUGGCCACUCGACCCGGACAGCGCCUACUUCUUCACCAGCCACGACGUCAGAGACAACACACUCCUCACCGAAUUCGGCUGGAACUUCCACCCGGACGGCUCCAGACCCGACGGCUUUUCAGAACUUGACCCGAUCGGAACCCGCGACAUGUCCGAUUUGGCGGCAACUAGUAGCCAGCUUGUUGCGGACUGCUUACGACCCGCCGACAGCAGCAGCAGCAGCACCGCGGCGUUUCGGAGCUCCGACCCGGCCCCCGUCGUCGGAUCCGCUUCAACGAACCCGUCCGUUUCUUCGACAUCCAGCGAGGAUCCGCCGGAGAAAUCUACGGGGUCCGGCGGCAAACCACCGCCCGAGAUACCGAGUAAGGUUAAAAAGAAGGGGCAGAAGAGAAUCCGGCAGCCACGAUUUGCAUUUAUGACUAAGAGUGAAGUUGAUCAUCUUGAGGAUGGCUACCGCUGGCGGAAAUAUGGACAGAAAGCUGUCAAAAACAGUCCCUUUCCAAGGAGCUACUAUCGCUGCACAAAUAGCAAAUGCACGGUGAAGAAAAGGGUUGAACGUUCCUCUGAAGAUCCCACAAUUGUAAUUACCACGUACGAAGGCCAACACUGUCAUCACACUGUUGCAUUCCCCCGGGGCGGAGUGAUUGCUCAAGAAUCUGGCUUUGCAGGCCACCAUUUGGCGCAGCUGCCUCCAGUCAGCUCACACUUCAUGUAUUAUCCUGCAAUUCAACCCAGAGAGCGAGUUAGUCCUCUUAACUUCACACGAACGACUUCGCACCAAUUAGCAUCCCCACGUGGUGGUGGUGAUGAUGAUGAUGAUGAUGAUCAAGCUGCAGGAGCAGGAUCAUCCCACUGCCUUGAUCCACAGACAACUUCAGUUCCUACAGAUGAAGGGCUUCUUGGGGACAUUGUACCUCCUGGGAUGCGUAAACGAUGA